CGUGUUUUAACCACAAACUGAAGACCAAAAAUAUUUCUGUAACAUAAGAGUAUUAGAGCAGGCGUAAAAUUUAAAAGUUUCGGAAUGAGAUCGGUAUCCACCAUUAGAAUUAUAUUCUGUCAACAAAUUUCGAUUACAUUCCUUUACGACCUAGGCUCAGUUUGUUCACGGUAGCUGAGCCUGCACUUCUUACCAAUUUUAUCUCUUGAUUUUUUGUAUUUUAGACGGAAUUCAGGAUUUAUACGUGCCAAAGCAGGUUCUGAAGUCUAAAAGGCUUCUGCACUUGUUUUGUUAGAAAUUAAGCCUCCUGAUCACAAUUAUUUUAUUAUUCUUUUUUGUAAGUAUAAGUAGCAUAUUUCUUAAACGUAAACUUCAUAAAAAUCAAUAACGGUCUGUUGCAAAAAAAGAUGUUGGAUAAAAAACCGGAAUAAACUCGGGAAUGUGUUUGAUUAUUGUGAAACGCUCAAUUGAAUGUUGAAGACUGAAGCCAACGGAAUAAAACUGGAGUAAAUCGGAAUCGUCCCAUUUCAUAUUUAUAAUGAAUUUGCUCAAAGAUAAUGAAAUUAUAGUCUGUGACCAAAGAACUAUUGAGAGCAUUAAGCAUCAUGUUAAGCUCAUUACUGUAUUUCUUAAACAUUCAUCCAUAUUGACCGAAGCUUACAUUUUGGACUUUUUUGUGGAAAAUCUGUGGUCGAAAUUGCCUCUAAGUUGGCAGGAUACUUUGAAAGAUUUUGAGCCUUGUGACUUAGUUGCACUCUUGAGCCAUGAAGAGAAAAAUAGCAGGUAUGGAAAACCUUUGCCUCUAAGUUUAUUAGCCUUUCGCGCUUGUGCCUUUGGAUUUUCACUGCCACGCAAGUCAAUGCAGUCCUUAAAACCCAUUGAAAAUUUUUUGAAAAAGAAUUGUUCUUUGAAAGCUGAAGCUUCAGAUGCAAGUUCAUUAGGAGAUGUUUCUUGGGAUACUUUAAAAGAUGAAUUUGAAGAAAAGUCCUUACAACACAAAAGUAUUCCUGAGUUUUGCCGCAAACAUGUGAAACCCAAGAAGCAACAUGAGAUAUUUCGAAUGGCUCAGCUUACUGCCAUGGUGAUGAAAAUGUUUGAUAUGAAACAUGUUAUUGAUGUUGGCUCUGGACAAGGUCAUCUUUCAAGGCUGUUGGCAUUAUGUUAUGAUUUGAAUGUUGCUACUGUUGAAGCAAAUCAGUGUUAUGUGUCUGGAGCUGUAAAUUUUGAUCAACAGGCCUUUGAUAGAGUUGAGAAGUUGAGGACUAAUUCCAAAAUGUCAAGAGAACUUAAUAAUGAUGAUAUAAAAAAGCUGCCACAUCAUCUUGAAGGUUCCAUUACUCCUGAUUCUUCUAAGUUAUACUUGAAAAAGAUUUUCGAGAAAGCUUGGAAUGACAGCUCCCAAGGCUAUUCAGAGGAAAAUUUUGCUUUAUUAGGACUUCAUACAUGUGGUGGUCUUGCUACAACAAUUAUGAAAUUAUUUGUAGCUUCUGAAAAGGCUAAAGUGCUUCUAUCUAUUGGUUGCUGCUACAUGAAAAAUCAUUAUGAUAAGAUUGAAGAAAAUUAUCCUCUAAGUUUAUAUGUGAAAUCUUUGUCUCACCCAUUAAGUUAUGAAGCAAAGGAAAUGGCUUGUCAUGCUUUUGAAAUGUUUAUUAAGAGGCUAGAAGAUGAAGCAGCAUCAUUAAAAAUUCAUUGUUAUCGAGCUACUUUAGAAAAAUGUAUUCUCCAGUUUUAUCCAAACUCAAAACAUAUGGGCCUUAGAGGUGUAAAGAAUGCAGAAUAUUUAGAAUUCUCUGAAUAUGCUGAGAAAGCUUUAAGUAAAGUUUCAUAUUUUAUCCCAAAAGAACAUUUUUUUCCUACCAGAAGUGCAGGACUGUUUUAAAAAAGUGGAAAAAAUGUGCUGACAUUCUACUCUGUUCGACUUAUUUUAGCACCUG